AUCCAUAUACAAAACAAUCACGAAAGGAGUGGAUUAAGCUGGAAGGGAGUUUUAACCCACUUCCAAAAUAGGCCUCGUCAGCCCCACAGAGGCAAUUUCAUUUUCCCGCCAUAGUUCCUGUCAGAGCUAUAGAUUGAGAGAGAGAGAGAGAAAGAGACCUAUUAGGUAUCUGGAAGUACUUUCGAUAUCUCUCAACCUGCGUGCUCUGUUUCUUCCUCCCGGAAGAACCCUAGAGAACGAAACGAUGGCAGAAUCUAGGACUUUUACCGGACCAGCCGGUUACCCGUGCCGCCUUCAAGCAGGUAUAAUCUCAAAGAUCCGAUUAGAGAACUUCAUGUGUCACAGUAAAUUGGAAAUCGAGUUAGGCGAUUGUGUCAAUUUCAUCACAGGCCAAAAUGGAAGUGGCAAGAGUGCGAUAUUGACUGCACUGUGUGUUGCUUUUGGGUGUCGAGCCAAAGGCACGCAGAGGGCGGCCACAUUGAAGGAUUUCAUAAAGACUGGCUGCAGCUAUGCUGUUGUCGAUGUGGAAAUUAAAAAUCAAGGGGAGGAUGCUUUUAAGCCAGACGUAUAUGGGGAUGUCAUAAUAAUAGAACGCAGGAUAUCAGAAGCAACCAGUUCUACUGCCUUAAAAAAUCACCAAGGAAGAAAGGUAGCUAGUCGCAAGGAAGAUCUACGUGAGCUUAUAGAACAUUUCAAUAUUGAUGUGGAGAAUCCAUGUGUGAUUAUGAGUCAAGACAAAAGCAGAGAAUUCUUGCAUUCAGGGAAUGACAAAGAUAAAUUCAAGUUCUUUUUCAAAGCAACACUUCUCCAUCAAGUGGAUGAACUCUUGAGGAGUAUUAGGAAUCAGCUGGCUGAAGCAAGUGAACUGGUUGAAGAGCUAGAAUCCUCAAUCAGACCCAUACAGAAAGAACUGGAUGAGUUGCAACAAAAGAUUAAAAACAUGGAGCAUGUAGAAGAAAUAUCUCAACAGGCACAGCUGUUAAAGAAGAAGCUUGCAUGGUCAUGGGUAUAUGAUGUGGACAAGCAGAUCCAGGGACAAAGUAUAAAGAUUGAUACACUGAAAAGCCGUAUACCUAAAUGCCAAGCCCGGAUUGAUCGACAAAUUGUGAGUAACAAGCAUCUCAGCAAUGUUAAUUUUUGUUUUUAUCAUGUUUCCUAUCCUAUAUUGCAUGGAAACUUCCACCAUUGGAAGUCAAUGGUUGAGGAAUUUGAGAUUGAGGAAAGGCUAAAGGAACUUCAAGAUGAGUUAGAUGCUGCUAAUUUAACACUUUCAAGAUUGAAGGAAGAAGAGUCGGCCUUAUUUGAAAGCCUAUCUAUGCAAAAGGAUGAAGUAGAAAAGAUCGCUACUGAGAUUCAAGAUAAUGACAAGAAGCAGCGUGAGAUUGGUUCAUACAUUCGUGAUCUCCGAUUACAUCAAACCAACAAGGUCACAGCUUUUGGAGGAGUUAGAGUGACUAAUCUUUUACAGGCAAUUGAGAGACAUCAUCAUAGAUUCAAAAGACCACCCAUUGGUCCUAUUGGAGCCCACGUGUCUUUGGUUCAUGGUGAUACGUGGGCUGUUGCUGUUGAAAGUGCCAUAGGCAAAUUGCUUAAUGCUUUCAUUGUGACGGAUCAUAGAGAUUCUAUUCUUUUGAGAGGAUGUGCCAGGGAAGCAGGCUACAACUACCUUCAGAUUAUCAUAUAUGACUUUGCUAGACCAAGGUUGUAUAUUCCAAAUCACAUGCUUCCCCAGACCAAUCACCCAACUACUAUUUCAGUUAUACAUUCUGACAAUCCAACCGUUCUGAAUGUGUUGGUGGAUCUGGGUGGUGCAGAGAGACAAGUGCUCGUCAGAAAUUAUGACGUGGGAAAAACAGUUGCUUUUGACCAGAAAAUAUUGAAUUUAAAGGAAGUUUACACGUCAGAGGGAUAUAGAAUGUUUUCCCGUGGUUCAGCCCAGACCAUUCUCCCUCCAAAUAAGAAGGCUAGAAACAGUCGUCUUUCUGGUUCAUAUGAUGAUCAAAUUAAGAAUCUAGAAAGGGAUGCAUUGAAUGCAAAAGAACAAGCUCAACAAGCCCGUGGGAGGAAAAGGAGUGUCGAGGAAGGACUUCAGGAACUUAAUAAUAAACUUCAAAGUGCCAAGAGGCGGCGUUUGGAGACAGAGCGCAUUGUGAUGCAUAAGAAAUUAGCGCUGCAAGAUGUGAAGAAUUCUUAUGUCGCAGAAGCUAGUUCAGCACCUGCAUCUACUGUUGAUGAGCUUCACCAUGAGAUCUCUAAAAUCCAAGAUGACGUGCAAGAGAAAGAAAUGUUGUUAGAAAAAAUCCAUGUGAGACUGAAGGAGGCAGAAACUAGAGCCAGUGAUCUUAAAGUUUCCUUUGAGAAUUUAUGUGAGUCAGCAAAAGGGGAAAUUGAUGCCUUUGAGGAAGCAGAGCAUAAGUUAAUGCUGAUUGAAGAAGAUCUACGUUCUGCAGAAGUGGAGAAGAUUCAUUAUGAGAAAGUGAUGAAUGACAAGGUCCUCCCAGAAAUCAAAGAGGCAGAGGCACAAUAUGAGGAGCUCAAAAACAACCGUUUGGAGAGUUACAAAAAAGCUUCAAUUAUUUGUCCUGAAAGUGAUCUCGAAGCUUUAAGGGGUUGUGAAGGGAGCACUCCAGAGCAACUUAGUGCACAAUUAAGUAGGCUAAACCAGAGAAUUCAGCGUGAGAGUGAGAGAUAUGCUGAAUCAAUAGAUGAUCUCAAAAUGUUGUAUCAGAAAAAGGAGCAAAAAAUAUUGAGAAGACAACAAACUUACAAAUCUUAUCGGGACAAAUUGAAUGCAUGCCAGAAAGCCCAGGAGUUGAGAUGGAACAAAUUUCAGAGAAAUGCCACUCUUUUGAAGAGACAGUUGACUUGGCGAUUUAACAGCCUUCUGGGAAACAAAGGAAUCAGUGGGCAUGUUAAAGUUAGUUAUGAAGAUGAGACACUUUCAAUGGAGGUGAAGAUGCCCCAAGAUGCAUCAAAUAACAAUGUUCGUGACACUAGAGGGCUCUCAGGUGGGGAACGUUCUUACUCUACAUUAUGCUUUGCACUAGCUCUGCAUGAAAUGACAGAAGCCCCUUUUCGAGCUAUGGACGAAUUUGAUGUCUUCAUGGAUGCCGUUAGCCGGAAAAUCAGCUUAGAUGCUCUUGUGGAUUUUUCGUUGAGACAAGGAUCUCAAUGGAUAUUUAUCACUCCUCAUGACAUCAGCAUGGUGAAGCAGGGGGAGAGGAUAAAGAGGCAGCAAAUGGCGGCCCCUCGUUCAUGAUUAUCAUCAGCAGCAAUUUCUUCUUUUUAAAUAUUUUGAUUGAUUGUAUGCUCUAUAUAUUUUUCUGCACUUGAUAUGUAGAAAGUUUAUUUUAAUUAUUUUUUUCUUGGUGUUUUUUUGUCCAAGACUUAUUGCCAAGUGCAUCUAUUGUAUUUAGCAAUGGAAGCAGUGCAUUUGCUUCAGAUUAUAUAUAUGUGUGUGUGUGGAUUUGGGCGUGGAA